AUGUCAGAGUCAACAGAGCAGAGAAGAGGUAGGGUAGCCGAGUUUGCCCAGAUCACAGGAGCGAGUGCAGAACACGCGGAAUUCUACUUGGCAGCCAACGAUUAUAAUUUAGAGGGAGCACUAUCAUCAUUCUUUGAUAAUCCACCUGGAGACGGACUGAGUGAUCAAUUACAAGACGAAGACAUUGAACUUGAAGACGAACCGCCAUCUCCUCCUCCAAUAAGAACACAUCAACCAAUCCAAACACCAUCAAUACCACAAACCAUGUCUGGCGACAACAAGAAGCCUGCUGCUGGUGGAAGCUCAAGAAGGGUUGCCACGUUGGGUGACUUGAACAGUCAAGAUCAUGACGAUCACGAAGGUCAUGAUCAUGGCGACGAAGGACAAGACUACUUUGCAGGUGGUGAGAAAUCUGGAGUCAUGGUACAUGGUACUGGAACAAAACAACCAAACCCUGCUGCGGAUCUUGUCAAUGACAUUUUGAGCAAAGCUGCCAAAGCUGGACCGCCACCAGAAUCAUCAUCAAAAAAAGAUAAAAAGCCAGCAACUUUUGCAGGAUCUGGUUAUCGAUUGGGUAGUGAAGAAGAUCCAGCACCUACAGCACCAGCAGCUUCUGUCGCACAGUCUCUACCACAAGCACCUGUUCCAUUGGAACCAGUCGAAAGGCAACUGACAUUCUGGAGGAAUGGAUUCAGUAUUGAUGAUGGUGAACUACGUGAUUAUAAAGAUCCAGCAAACGAAGAAUUCUUGAGGGCUAUAAACAGCGGUCGUGCACCUACAACCUUGUUGAAUGUCGCAUAUGGUCAACCAGUCGAAGUCAAAGUCGCAAAACGUAUGGAAGAAGACUACAAACCACCACCAAAAAAGCCUGCUGCUCCAUUUGGUGGAUCUGGUCAUCGUUUGGGAGCUCCAGUGCCAGGUGAUGCAGCUCUUGGAGGCUCUAGCAGCGGUGCUGGUAUUCCAGGAUCAUUCCCUGGUGGUGCGGCUCCCGCAGUGUCCUCCGUACCAUUUGUGUUCUCUGUUGAUGACAGCAAGCCUGUUACGUCUAUCCAGCUUCGACUCGCAGACGGAACAAGGAUGAUUGCCAAGUUCAACCACUCUCACACUGUUGGGGACUUGCGCCGGUUCAUAAAUCAUUCACGCCCAGGAACCUCUGGAACUCCGUAUGUACUCAUGACAACGUUCCCAAACAAGGAGUUGACUGAUGAAAGUGCCACUUUGCAAGCCGCUGGUCUUGUAAAUUCUGUAGUUGUUCAAAAAAUGGAUUGA